UUUUCCAAAAUGGCCGACGGACCCAACGAAUUUCAACUGGAACAACCACCUUCAGACGGAAUUUCGUCCGUCAAAUUCAGCCCCAACCCGGCUUCAUUUUUAGUGGUGUCAUCAUGGGAUACAACAGUCAGACUUUAUGAUGUCCACAACAACAACAUGCGUCUUAAAUAUAACCACCCAUAUGCUGUGCUAGAUUGUUGUUUUCAAGACGGUGUGCACACUUUUAGCGGAGGACUUGAUAAUACUCUGAAAGUUGUAGAUCUAAACACUUCAGCUGAACAAGUUUUAGGAAUGCAUGAUGAUGCAAUUAAAUGCGUGGAACACUGUCCAACUCCUGGGUUAAUUGCAACUGGUAGCUGGGACAAGUAUGUCAAACUUUGGGACCCAAGAACAAAUCAGUGUACUGGAUCAUAUGAGCAACCUGAAAAGGUUUACACAAUGGCUUCAUCUGAUGAGCGUCUUGUUGUUGGCACAGCUGGAAGGCGUGUUAUGGUAUGGGAUCUCAGGAACAUGACAUAUGUACAACAAAGAAGGGAAUCUAGUCUGAAAUACCAAACAAGAUGUAUCCGCACUUUCCCAAAUAAGCAAGGGUACGUGUUGAGCUCUAUUGAGGGCAGAGUAGCUGUGGAAUACUUUGACCCAAGCCCAGAAGUUCAGAAAAAGAAAUAUGCCUUUAAGUGCCACCGAAUCAAAGAAGAAGGAAUGGAAAAUAUAUAUCCUGUUAAUGCUAUAUCUUUCCAUAAUGUACACAACACAUUUGCCACUGGUGGUUCAGAUGGUUUCGUAAAUAUUUGGGAUGGCUUCAAUAAAAAGCGACUUUGCCAGUUUCAUCGUUACCCAACCAGUAUUUCAUCAUUGAGCUUCAGUAAUGAUGGCAGCCUGCUGGCCAUAGCUGUGUCAUACAUGUAUGAAGAGGAUGAGAAGGAACAUCCAGAAGAUGCCAUUUACAUUAGGCGAGUUUCUGAUGCAGAAACAAAACCCAAGUAAAUCCAGUAAGAAAGGACUUUAGGGGAAAAUCAACAGACUUUUGAGAUCUGCUGGUCAUUAUUCACAGCAUGAUGGCAUCAACUUAUUUCAAUUUGUUUUUGCACUCUGUUAUUCAUACCUGAAGGACAGUUUUAAUGUACAAAGUAUCCUCCUCAAGGUUAUUAAUCUCUUUAUGUCACAUUCCUUCCAAUGAGACUUCAAGCCCUUUUAUAUUCCAAGGCAACAAAUUUAUCCAUCAUAAGUGAUGUUUGCCUUGUUUGUUCUUGUUUAAAGACAGGAAGUGGCUUUCCAGUUGUGACUUAUUUUGCCUGUGAUUUGAUGAAAUAUCUUGGGAAAAAUGUUUUGAGCUAUACCCUUUUCAAUCUCAAAGUCAGAAAGCUAUUUCUUGUUGUUGGUGACUUAACAUUCCUCUGUGCCUCUAGGACAUCUUGAGAUAGCUAUCUUAAGAAUAUUUUCAUAUUAUUAUUAUUAUAUAAUAAAUAUAGCUACUAUCAUUGAUUUUCCUCACAUGCUUUUUCUCAUAUGUGUGAAGCCUGUCUCAUUUGCUGUCCUUGUAAGAAUGCCUCCAGCAAUCAAACAGUUUCUGGCAAUACUUCUACCUGCAAUCUUUAAAUGGUGUUCAUAAUCUUGAAUUCAUUGGUUGAAAAAACCUGAUGAUUCCUCUUCUUGUUAAGGGAAUUUAUAUCAUAUUUCUAUCAGCUUCACAACAAUCUUUGUGCUACAGUUUCACAAAGCAGUCAACAGUGACUUUGUUUGGGUUUACUCUUUCAUACUGACUGUCUGACAUUUCCAGCUACCAAGUCAAUCUUCCUUUGUAGUAACUUGAUCACAAGAGCUUGUCUGCAUGUUUCCUUGUCACCUGGUAGUUUCUUUUGUCAAGGAAAGUUUAUCCAAAACACGACCAGCAAUCAUUUUGUAGGCAUAAGUCUGUUUUAAUUGGAUACCAGAAAAUUAAAAAUCAAUACAGGGCUAAAUGGGUCAUCAAAUAAGUUAGACGUCUAGAGUCAUCAGUAUUGGUAAGUUACCUGAGGAUUGUCAGGUUGAGAAACUACAAUGGGUUUUCCUGAAUCUGAGGUUUCCCUGAUGUCAGUAUGAAGGGGAACAUCACCUAGGAACAAAAUUAACAAUUAUAGUGACGAUAAAUUGCAUACAUCACCUUGGCCAAAGUGUUGUCUUAGAAUGUGGUUGGGAAAUUUUCAAUAUUCGAGCAAACCAUAACUAACCAAUAUUCUAUGAUGGCCUUGAAAUUUGACCCAACCUCAAGUCUGGAAAAUAGAAACUGGGUGAUUAAAUAAGUUCACUCUUUUAAUCCUGUUUCUCCUUGGAAUUCAGUAAUUAAAAUUUAAUUUGUAACUCUUAACUUAAGAAAUAAUGAGUAAUUUGUUGUGUUUACCCAAGAGUUCUAAGUCCAUUUCCUUUGCAACACCUCUGGCACCAUCUCUUCCAAAUAUGUAGGCUUUGUGUUCACACUUAGGACAUACAUAAUGGCUCAUAUUUUGAAUUAGUCCAAUAACCUUGAUUUUAAAGAGAGAAAAAAUGAUCUCAUCAAAGAAUGUGUAAUUUGA